AUGGCUUUCGUAGAACCCAUUUCUCAAACUUCGGCAAUGGAACAGAAGACCCACGACGGUACUGACAACAUCAUGCCUUAUUCCGAGUCAUACAUGGGUUGUGUCACUCCGGAACUUAACGGACACCAACUCGCACACGGAUACUUGCCCAUGCAGGAGAUUUAUUACUACAACGGUAGCUACAUGACGCCAAGGAACGACUAUAUGAACUCCACGUGCUACCAGAUGAACGUAGACGAUGCCAUGAAACCUGGUGUCCCUAUGUACAUGGGUUCGCAUAUGGGACCGGUGUCUGGAUACAACCCUAUGUUAUAUGGUCCAUUGGAUGUAACUUACUGUCAGCCUGAAACAUCGUCAUUUUAUGGUGCGACUGAUGUGGACGGUUCUCAGAUGUACGUCCAAGGUAAGGGCGAGGUUGAGGAUGACACACAAACAUACGCGGAGUGCAGUACUACUGCUACUACCCCGAACCUCGACUAUUGCCCUAACCCCGAGGCGUUGGACGAUGGUUUCGACCUUCGUUAUGGACAUGAAUAUGAGGGUUACCCUAUGGCACCGGUUGAUUGCUACUCCAACAAGGUUGCACCAACUGGAGGUUAUGCUGGUUACAACAUGACCAACUUGGAGGAUGUAUUUUCUCCCUGCAGGGACCCCGACUCCCUGAUGAACGAUGCUAUGGUAGUUGAGAUCGCUGACGAGAUUGCAUCAAACGUACAAUAUUUACCUGACAAGGAAUCUAGCGGGAAGUACUCGUUGGAUAAGAACCACCCCAUCCAUUGUGUGUGGAGGGACGUCAACAGGGGUCAUUGCAGUUGGAGGUGCAGGUGGUGGGAGAACGGUAAGCGUCUCAGCAAGAACUUUAACGUGAAGCGUUUCGGUGAGCGUGAGGCUAUGUGGAUGGCCAUAGCUAUGAAAAUUCGCAACUCAACUCCCGUUGAGAGGUUCCAGCUUCUUAAGGAGCAACGUGAGGCCGUGCGCAACUAUUGUGAGCUCGUUAGGCAGAAUGCGCACGGUGCCUCCACCGAUGCACAUGUCGACAUCACAUCUAUGGCAGUACCAAGUGUGACGGCAGCUCCACGUAAGAGUCGAUCGCCGCUUAACAGCACUAAGGCUGCUCAGAAGGCUAACUGGGCUCGCAUAGCAUGGACUUAUGUGAUGGUUCCUGAGAGGCGUACAGGUUCUACCAGUGUUGUCUGUCGCCUUUGCGCGAAGACCACCAAGUGUUCGCGCAGCCGUAACCUACAGCAAGCUCACAUAAUGCAUUUACUUCGCAUGCACAAGAACCCGUGGAAGCAAUACCUUGAUGAGGAGGGUCUGACUAAGAUGUGCAGGUCUGCUUUAGAUACUCUAUACCAGCAACGCGGGUACACUGCUAACAGUGAAUGGAAGCUUCGUCCUGGCCUCACACCGCCGGAACCUGGUUUGAACUACACUUCUGCUGGCGAAAUGGACAGUGAUGCUGAGUAG